AUGUCUAAUACAGAAGAUUUUAGUGAUUCUGGUUCUGAAUAUCAGCCUAUUCCUGGAGAAAUUCAUACAGAAUCUGAAACAGAUACAAGUUGUGACGAAAAUAUUAUGAUGCCGUCUAGUCUAUCAGAACCUGGAACAUCUAAAUCUAGAAAAAGGUCAAUCAACAAGGAAAAUUGGACAGUUAAUAAAAGAAAGUUAUUGCGUAAUAGUGGAAAAGGUUAUGUAACUAAAAUGGGAGUGGAGAAAAAUACCAAAAUCUUCGAAAAUAUUGACUGUGGAUGUCCUAAAAAAUGUUAUACGCUUUUUACAGAAAAUGAAAGGCAAGAAAUGUUCGAAUCAUUUUGGAAUUUAAAGGACUUUAAUCAGCAAAAUGCCUUUCUAUAUGCAUUAGUGCAAAAAGCAUCUGUUAAUAGAAAACGACCUAAAGAUCUGUCACGAGCAGGAAAAAACGUUUCGUUUAAGUAUUUUCUCAAAUCUCAUAUUAUGACACAACUGGUAUGUAAAAAAUAUUUUUUGAAAACAUUCCAAAUCAGUGAUGGAAGAUUAUAUCGCUGUCUAUCAAAAGGCGAUGUCUCGCAAUGUAAAGAUAAACGAGGCACGACUAAUACUCGAAAAUUAGAUGAUUCUGACAUUAUUACUCAUAUACAAAGCUUUCCCGCGUACCAAAGCCAUUACACAAGAAAAAGUAAUCCUAACCGGAAGUUUUUAAAUCCUGGGCUAACUAUUCGAAAGAUGUACGAUCUAUAUAAAGAAAAAUGUUUGACUGAAAUGACAGAACCUAAAAAAUUAAAAUAUUAUAAUAAAUUUUUCAACACCAAGUUUAAUCUACAUUUCAAGGUACCGCACCAGGAUACAUGUAAGACUUGCGAUAGCUCGAAUUUUAAAAUUAGAGGCACCGAUGACGAGAACGUGAAGAAAGAGUUUGAAGUUCAAAAGGAACUUCAUCAAAGAAAGGCAGAUUCGGCAAGAGAAAAUCUACAAAUUGAUGCUAAAAAGAUUAAUGACGCAUAUGUACUAACCUUUGAUUUGCAGAAAGCUUUAGCUUUCCCAAAAUUAACUACUUCGGUAGCAUACUAUAAAAGGAAUCUGUAUUUGUAUAAUUUGGGAAUACAUUGUUUUAAUAACAACACGGGGUACAUGAACGUCUGGAAUGAGAUAGAAGGAGGGCGAGGGUCGGCAUUAGAAAAAUGUAUUACCAACAGAAAAAAAACAACCUGUGGUUACGACUUCAACUGGCUGAAUAUUAGAUGGCUGAGGUUUGAGAGGAAUCAUCCUUUACAAUUUCAAUUUAAAGAAACGCUCAACGCUGACAUGCCCUUCUACAAAGUAGAUCUAUCAAAAAAGCAACAAGGACGACCAGCUUACUUGUACAAUAUUCAACAAGGCCCACUCUAUCCUUCAGGAAGACCAGUCACUAUUGCUAAGAAGAAGGAUAUGCUUGAUCUUCUCCCAUACAUUCCACCAAUUUACCAUAAAUUUUACAAAAAUCUUACUGUAGACAUUCCAACACGGUCAAGCAUUCUUAAUGCUGAUGAACGUUCGUCUGAUGACGAAAUAACCUACGAUUAA